AUGAUUUCAUUCAGCAGCUCGACGCUGCUUCUAUCCUUUGCGAUCCUGCUACUAUUAGCACAUCCAGCUCAUGCAUUUGGCGCUGGAAAUAUUGCAUCGGUUUCAAAAAUUGAAGGGAUAAACUGGCGCCAUGGAGAUAUUGAAGAUACCCUUCUUACACUUGUGAUGUCAAGAGCUUGUGGUGGAAAGAAGUUUGAUAAAAUGAUGGUAGCAAGAGUUUACUUUGGUAACUGGCUUAGAGAUUACUCUCAAGCAAUCGAUGUUGGUACCGUCAAAUAUGUCUCCGCCGAAGCUAUUCGCAUUUUACUCUGGGUUCUUGGAUUUAUGACCUUCGGAUAUGGCACAAGAGAAUUCGAAGUCACAGCUCAAAGGUUGGGUUGUUAUCGACCAGAAGAUCACAUUGAUAACCCAAAAGAUUAUGCCGAUAACCUUGAUGCUUCAGAAUAUGAUCCUAGACUUCGAGGUCCAAUCGAUGAAGAAGUUGAGCUCGCCAUCGAUCCCCAGACUGGCAUGAAGAACUAUAUUGCAAACGAACACGUUGGAAUCAUGUCAUCUGCUGAACAUGUCCGAAAGCUUUUCCGUGAAUCCAUUCGACUUGGUAGAUCCUAUGGAAGAAAUCAGAACAAGGACGACUUAUAUGAGGCACUUCGAUUGAUGGGUACUGGACUACACUGUCUGGAGGAUUUUUCUGCUCACAGCAAUUACACCGAACUUGCUCUUAUCGAGAUGGGUGAACGUGAUGUUUUCCCACAUGUUGGAAGAAGAACUCGAAUGGAGCUUCCAGGCGCUGAACAUGAAGUUUACCCACUCAUUACUGGUACCUUUGGUGGUGUUGACUUCCUUCACUCUGUCAUGGGUGAAUUCGACGAUAAAGCAACUCAAAGCGAAAUCCAAGCCCUUGAGGGAACCAUGCAGGAAGGUAGCCAAGGCAAUACUAGUGUCCUGAAGGACCUAUUGAGUUCAGUUCCUUCCGGACUCUUUGGUGGUAAAGAUGAAGCUAGCAAAGCAGAUGAACUUCAAGCCAAUGCUGCUGCCGCCCAACAAUCUCAAGAGGAAGUCUCUCCAAAAGAUCCAGAAGCUUUUACAAUCCAAAUGCAAGAAGUCGCCAAGGAAAUUUAUCCAAUCAUUCAAUGGCACGACGAGACUAUGCAAUCAAUUCGUGAAGCUAUCGAAAAGAUUCCUAUCCUUCCAGAUCUCAUCGAGAACAUUGAAGAACAAAUCAACAUUUUUGUCUUCUCUCUCCUUGCUCCAUUCGUUCUUCCAAUCAUUAGUCAGAUUAAGACCGAAUUGAACACAGGUUCGUCCGAGGUUAUCCAAAGCAGUAAGGACAAGCAAUUGGUUGUCUUCCAUGAUGACCAUUCUACUGAUCCUACACAUUCUAUGUUAUCUAAGGAUCAUUUCUCUAACAUCCUCAACGAAUGCGCUGGUAGGAUCGCUUCUCAAGUUCUCAAGUGGGUUGUCCCUCAACUCAUUUCUUGUUGGGACGAUGAACGCAUUGAUCCUGAUCGUACAAUUGAUCGUAUCGUUAACGGUGUCUUCCAUCAUCCCGCUCUUCGCAACUAUGGUGACGAUGGAGCAUCUGAUGGUCGUCAACUUAUGUUCAGAGUUGUAGAGGAGUGGUGGCGCAACAAGGACGGUGACGAACAAGAGGAAUACCGAAGAAAGUUGAGCAGAGAUGGAGUUGAAAACGGGGAAAAUCAUCUUGAAGGUGUUCAUGAUACUGGUCAUGGAUGUGGUGCACCACUUAAAAUGUCUAAGCAAGGUCCUAUGAUGUCUUCAUCAAAUCCAAUGGCAAAUGAAAUUAUGGGUGGACUUGCUUCUUCAAUGGGUGGUAACGGUGGAUCAUCAGGAUUUGGUGGACAAGCAUCUGACGGAAUUGGCAAGUUUGCUGGAGAAGCAGUUGGUGGUGGCGCUUUUGGUGGUAUUGUUGGUGCUCUCGCUGGAGGUGUUGGUGGAAGCCUUUUAGCGGGAGUUCUAGGUGGUGGAGGGAAAGAAGAAUCAUAUUCUUCUGAAGGUUACAACUCUCAAGGUAACUACCAGCAGAGCUAUACUGAAGUAGGUCACUCUGGCAAUCGCUAUGCUCAAGCCGAGUAUACACAAGAACAAUUUCCAGAUGGUGGCAGACGAACAGAAUAUCAACAAUAUGGUCAGCAAGGAGGCCACGGAGCUGGCUUUGAACAAAUUACCGAGCAAAGACCUCAACAUGGUGGAGGUUACGAAGAAACCAACGAACGCAUCUACGAACGUUCUGAUGGUAGAGUCGAGACCGAAACAUGGCGCGAGGGUGAAACAGCUGAUGGACGUCACUAUCAUGAAGCGCAACAUCACAGAGAAGAGAGAUCUGGUAGUGAUAGUGGUGAUAGUCGCAGGAGCCACAGAAAGCAUCACAAGCAUCACAGUCGUCGUGGAAGUGAUGACAGCAACGAGGAUAGAGAUAGACCACAAGAGUAUGUUCCCCAGAGAGAGGAGCGCAGAGAGAGAUUUGAGGAGCCUCGUCAGGAUUAUGGUGGAUAUGGUCAACAAAGAGAAGAGCAUGGUGGUUGGGGUGGUGAACGUGAAAGAUUUGAGGAACCACCAAGACACGAAUAUGGUGGUGGUGGUGGUGGUGGAGAAUUUGGUGAGGCAGUCGGAGGAUUGGCGGAGAGAUUUGGUGGUAUGGGAUUCGGUGGAGGAGAUCAUGGAAAUGAAGGUGGUUGGGGUGAGAGGGAGAGAGAGGAGGGGAGAGAAGAUGAAUACCGUGAGGAGAGGAGAGAGGAACGUGGAUGGGGUUUCUAG